UCUUAUCAGGAAGGUAGAGAGCAGGUUGUCUUCAGUCAUGCGUGGUCCUGUUCACUUUUACUUUGAAACACAAAGGAGGGUUGUUGUUGGACUUUAUUAAGAGCUUGAUUAACUUUUGCUGAAGUUUUGUUUGCUGGUGGUCCUGUCCAACAUUAGCGGUGCGAUCUUGCAGCAACUCAUUUAGGAGCUCACUGGAACGUAUUUGUAGAGAAGGAUGAGCAGUUUUCUGUACUUCAUCCUCCCAGCUCUGGGUGGAUACACUCUCACCUCGGUGUACCUGCUGAAGAACCCCCAGAUUCUCCACAGGAGGAAACGCACAGCCUUUUACUGCAAACACAUCUCACACAGAGGAGGAUCUGGAGAGAGGAUAGAAAGCACGAUGGAGGCGUUCACAAAUGCAGUGGAGCAGGGUACACAGAUGCUGGAGCUGGACUGUCACUUGACGCAAGACGGACAUGUGGUGGUGUCACAUGAUGAUAAUCUGCUGAGGCAGACUGGCCACGACGUCACCAUCUCCUCACUCAAGCUGCAGGAUUUGCCUCUGUAUAAGGAGAGACUGGAGGUGACAUUUUAUGCAGGCCGCUACAGCAGCGGUGCAGACAGGAAGUUCGCUCUGCUGGAGGACGUGUUCAGGAAGUUCCCUGAGAUGCCUGUCAGCGUUGAGAUCAAAGAGAACAACAAGCAGCUGAUAGAAAAGGUGUCUGAAUUGGUUAGACGUUACAACAGGGAUGAGAUCACUGUCUGGGCCUCUGUGAACUCCAGUAUCAUGAAGGAAUGCCGCAAAAUGAAUGCCUCCAUGCCGUACAGUUUCAGUGUGAACCGAGGUGCGCUGCUUCUGCUUCUCUUCUACAGCGGCCUGCUGCCCUUUGUGCCGCUGGGAGAGAGUUUACUGCAGUUCUACCUGUUGCGCCUCAUUAACAGGACGUACAUUCCUGAGGAGGGCAUCCUGAGGAACAGGCUGGUCAUGUCUUUGUUAGAAAAAGUAACAAUGAGGAAGAGCCUUUUUAAACACCUCGCAGCGCGUGGAAUUCAGGUGCAUUUGUUUGUGUGCAACACAGAUGAAGACAUAAAGGCUGCGUUUGAAGUGGGGGCCACGGGGGUGAUGAGUGACUAUCCUGCUCUUCUGUCAAGCUACCUCAGCAGAAACCCUGAACACAUCCACAUAUGAGAACCAUUGGUCACUCUGAAAUGGUGGCUUACUGAUGAAUGAGGGUUGUGUAUAAAAAUAGAAGUUUGAGUCCCAUUUAAUUUCUCUGAUUGUGACAAGAAUAGUCAAACAGUUGCUGGUGUAAUUAUUAAACACCAUGUAGUGGGAACAAACCUUCAAUCAUUCAACUAUUUAAUCUCAAUCCUUAAUCACUGUUGAUAGAAUGACAACAUGUGUUGUUAUCUAUGUCCUCCACCCACAGUCUGUCAGACACAGCCCAGUGUUUAAGGAAACAGUCAGUUGCCUUAAGUUAACAAAAUAUAACACAGACAAUGACUGAUGGCUGAUAUAAUAAUGACAAGUGUGAAAA